GUGUGGUUCUGUGCUGAGUCAAGAGAAAAGCAAAGUUCUUCCUUGUUUCUCAGUGACUUGGCAAAAUUAGGAGGUUGUGCCCAGGUCAGACGCAGUCCGGUGCAGAAACAAGGUUUGCAUUACCAUGGAAAAACUGUAAAUAAAUGUGUCCCUCCUCACUGGUGCUGUGGCUCAGUUUGGGAGCUUUGAUAGAAUGUGCUGCUGGAAGUGACUGGUGCUAUACUGGCUGUGCGCACAGCCCGACCCACUGGGGAGACAUCUCUUCUUUCUGUCGAGGACAGAGGCAGUCUCCUAUUGAUAUAGACACCAGCCAUGUUCAAAGAGACCCGAACCUGCUGGACUUUACCUUCAAAAACUUCUCCUCUCAGGAUGUCUUGAAAUCCAUCACCAACAAUGGACAUACAGUGGUAUGCUUGCUGAAGGAUAAUGAAGUUGAAGUGAGUGGAGGUGGACUUAAUGGAACAUAUUCUACGCUCCAGUUUCAUUUUCACUGGGGUGAUACUGCCCAUCAUCCAGGCUCGGAGCACACGAUUGACAAGUUGAGAUAUCCAGUGGAGAUGCAUAUCGUUAGUCUGAAGAAAGGUCUCACUAAGGAACAGGCCGUCGCAAAUCCGGAAGGAAUUGCUGUUCUUGGGUUUUUCCUUAACGCAACAGAAGAUGGAAAUAUGACAGGACCAUGGGGCAUACUCACAUCUUACCUGAUGAGCAACAUAAACACUGAGAUUGCCAUAAACCAUAGCCUCUCUAUUGAUGACCUGAUUGGAAGUGUUUCCCGAACAAAGUACUAUCGCUACAUGGGCUCCCUGACAACGCCCAACUGCAGUGAAGCAGUCGUAUGGACUGUCUUUCAAGAGCCAAUCAACAUCAACAAAAAUCUGAUUGAGCGGUUUGCCUCGAUUACGGGACUCACCAAUGUUUAUCGGCCUGUACAAGAACUUAAUGGACGUCAAGUGUUUGCGUCUCCUGAAGUUUCUCUCCCUCCCAGCGGUCCAUGGUGCUAUGAUAAUCACUGCAUUUACAAUCAGUCUCGCUGGCACCUUCUGUCUCCGUCACACUGUGGCGGUGAAAAUCAGUCACCCAUCAACAUUGAGUCAAAGAAGGCUGUGCUGGACAAACAACUUAACGCCUUCACCUUUACAAAGUUUGACGACAAACACACCAUCAAGUACAUCACCAACACCGGCCACGCAGUUAAGUGUGUGCUGAAAGAAAACACAGUGGAGAUAUCGGGAGGCGGUUUGGGACAUGUCUACUCCACCCUUCAGUUCCAUUUCCAUUGGGGUUCCACUGUCUCCAAGGGCUCGGAGCACAUGGUGGAUUCAAAACGAUAUUCAAUGGAGAUGCAUAUAGUGAACAAGAGGAAGGAUUUAACUUUGGACGAGGCUGUACAGACUUCGAAUGGCCUGGCAGUUCUGGGUUUCUUUAUUGAGGCUGAAUCGACCAAAAGCAGCAGCGGCUCAGGACAGACAAAUCCCACACCGAGUCCAGCAGCUGAUACUGGAGCCUGGAAGAAAUUGACAAACUAUCUCUCAGCUAUUGAAGACAUCGACUCAAAAGUUAACUUCACGGAGGAGAUCUCUAUUGAUGACCUGCUCAGCAGUGUGAGCAAAAGUGUGUACUACCGCUACAAUGGCUCCUUAACCACCCCUGGUUGUAACGAAGCUGUGGUUUGGACCGUCUUUAAAGAGUCUAUCAAAGUCGACCAAAAACUGAUGAUGCUGUUCCCAACUCAGAUGAAAUACAACAACGUGUAUCGGGCUCCGCAGGCUCUUCAGGACAGGACAGUCUACACCUCAGCCGCAGCCAGCUGCCUUGCACCCAUCAUGCAGUUUCUGCUGCCGGCAUGUCUUUUUACCAUUGUAUCCAAUUUGCAUAUUUAAAAAGAGCUACCUACCUUAAAUUGCUGUGAAGGAUAAUCAUAUCUUAUUGAUUAUCUGUUUGUACUCUGAAGGUUAUAUCCGUAGUUGUAAGUAAAGGACGAUGUGGUGUUUUCUGUAGUUUAUUUUGACACUUUCGUAUAUGCAGUAUAAUAAGCUGUGAUCUCAUAAUCAAGAUGUUGACUACAGAAGGUUAAUUAAAAAAAAAUCUUAUAUGGUUUAUUAAACUUCGAAGUGUUAUCAGGCUCUUUACCUUCAACCAUGGCUGUGAAUAAUUGUAAAAUUUUGAGAUUGCUAACCACAAAUACAUAAUAUGCUGUAUGGAUUAAAAAAAAUGGAAUUGAGUGAAUCACAGACUGAUGUCUAUCAUACUAACCAGUGUCUGGGUGUAUUUAUCAGAAGGAAAUUAAUAACUGUGAAACUUAAAUAAAUAACUGUAUUGAAACCA